CCAAUAAAACGACGGAUGCGCCAAGUGUUCAACAGCCCUUUGUGCUAGUUCCAACUUUCUAUCCAAAGGGUGCAAACCGCCAAAGCAGGUCUAAUGAACCAAUAGGCCAUGAAACUUGGUUAUCUCAAUACCCUCCAGAACCCUCUUCUUCAACGACUUUACCCACCUUUUAAUCCCUUGAAUCUCUCUUCUAAACUCAUUCAAACCGCUACUAAAUUGAGCGAAAACCCAGAAACCAAUCCUCUGUUAACCUUGUCCCAAAAGGAUAAUUUCGGAUUUGGACCCAUCUUCAUACCCUACCUUAAACUCUUGUCCAAAUGCAAUUUCACCAAAUCUCUAACUCCAGGCAUGCAAAUCCAUGCUCAUGUAAUCCAAUUUGGAUUAACCAAAGAUCCUAAGAUUAGGAACCAUUUGAUCAAUUUGUAUGCUAAAUGUGGGGUUUUUGGGUAUGCCUGGAAACUGGUUGAUGAAAGUCCUGAACCAGACUUGGUUUCAUGGUCUGCUUUGAUUUCAGGUUAUGCGCAGAACGGGCUUUGUAAAGAAGCAAUUUUAGCCUUUCUUGAGUUGCACUUCUUGGGUCUUAAGUGCAAUGAGUUCACUUUUCCCAGCGUGCUUAAGGCUUGUACUGCAACCAAGGAUUUGGAGCUUGGGAAGCAGGUUCAUGGUAUUGUGGUGGUUACUGGGUUUGAUUCUGAUGAGUUUGUUGCCAAUAGUUUGGUGGUUAUGUAUGCAAAGUGUGGGCAGUUUGGGGAUUCAAUGAGGCUUUUUGAUGCAAUUCCAGAACGGAGUGUUGUUUCUUGGAAUGCAUUGUUUUCUUGUUAUGUGCAGAGUGACUGCCAUAAAGAAGCAGUAGAGUUAUUUCAUGGGAUGGUUUUGGGUGGAAUAAGACCUAAUGAGUUUAGUUUGUCUACUAUGGUAAAUGCUUGUGCUGGAUUGGGGGAUGGAACUCAAGGAAGGAAAAUCCAUGGUUAUCUGAUAAAGCUUGGUUAUGAUUCAGAUCCUUUCUCAAUGAAUGCACUUGUUGACAUGUAUGCAAAAAUAGGAAAUCUUGAGGGUUCUCUUUUUGUUUUUAAUGAGAUUGCCAAACCUGAUAUUGUUGCUUGGAAUGCUGCUAUUGCCGGUUGUGUUCUUCAUGAGAAUUAUGGUUUGGCUUUAGAACUUUUUGGGCACAUGAAAAGGUCGGGAAUUCAUCCAAAUAUGUUUACCUUAUCAAGCACUCUUAAGGCUUGUGCUGCAUCUCGGCUUAAGGAAUUUGGUAGACAGUUGCACCCUAGCUUGAUAAAGAUGAAUGUAGAACCAGAUUCUUUUGUAAUUGUUGGGCUUAUUGAUAUGUAUUCCAAAUGUAAUCUGAUGGAUGAUGCAAAAUUGGUUUUUAAGUUAAUGCCAAAUAAGGACUUGAUUUCAUGGAAUGCUGUGAUUUCCGGGCAUUCACAAAAUGGGGACGACAGAGAAGCUGUAUUGUUGUUUUCUUUGAUGUACAAGGAGGGGGUAGGAUUCAAUCAGACAACAUUGUCAACAGUCCUCAAAUCCAUAGCUAGCGUGCAGGAGAACAAUGUUUGCAAACAGGUUCAUGCAAUCAUUUUAAAAUCAGGGUUUGAGCAUGACAGCUAUUCUGUCAACAGCCUUAUUGAUGCAUAUGGAAAAUGUGGCCUUGUUGAAGAAGCAGCAAGAGUAUUCAAAGUGUGUCCAGUCAUAGAUUUGGUGGCUUUCACAUCUAUGAUAACUGCUUAUAGUCAAUAUGGACAAGGUGAAGAAGCAUUGAAGCUCUAUUUGGAAAUGCAAGAAAGGGGUAUAAAGCCAGAUUCAUUUGUUUGUAGUUCACUUCUCAAUGCCUGUGCAAAUUUAUCAGCAUAUGAACAAGGGAAACAAGUACAUGUUCACAUCUUGAAGUGUGGGUUUAUGUCUGAUGUUUUUGCUGGGAACUCUCUUGUCAAUAUGUAUGCCAAAUGUGGAAGCAUAGAUGAUGCAGACCUUGCUUUCUCUGAGAUUCGUGAGAGAAGUAUAGUCUCAUGGUCUGCAAUGAUUGGAGGGCUAGCCCAACAUGGACAUGGGAGGAAGGCCUUACAGUUGUUUGAUAAGAUGCUGGAAGAUGGUUUUUCUCCCAAUCACAUUACUUUAGUUAGUGUCCUUUGUGCUUGUAAUCAUGCAGGUUUGGUAUCUGAAGCCGAAAAAUACUUUGAAUCAAUGAGAAUGUUAUUUGGAAUUGAACCUCUGCAAGAGCAUUAUGCUUGCAUGAUUGAUAUCCUUGGGAGGGCAGGCAGAUUGAAUGAGGCGAUGGAACUUGUAAACAAAAUGCCUUUUGAAGCAAAUGGCUCAGUUUGGGGGGCUCUUCUUGGUGCUGCUCGAAUCCAUAAGAAUGUUGAGAUUGGGCAGCAAGUUGCUGAGAGGCUUCUGGAUCUUGAACCAGAGAAAUCUGGAACCCAUAUUCUUCUUGCAAACAUAUAUGCAUCAGUUGGAAUGUGGGAGAAUGUAGCAAAGGUGAGAAGACUGAUGAGAGACAGCAAGGUGAAGAAAGAACCAGGAAUGAGUUGGAUUGAGGUCAAAGACAAGGUAUACACCUUUAUUGUAGGAGAUAGAAGCCAUGCUAGAACUGAGGAAAUCUAUGCAAAGCUUGAUGAACUUGGUGAUCUUCUUAAUAAAGCCGGCUAUGUUCCCAUGGUAGAGAUUGACCUACAUGAUGUAGAACGAAGUGAAAAGGAGAAGCUUCUAUACCACCAUAGUGAGAAACUUGCAGUAGCAUUUGGGUUGAUUGCCACACCACCGGGGGCACCAAUUAGGGUGAAAAAGAAUCUCCGAGUCUGUGUAGACUGUCAUACUGCAUUCAAGUUCAUCUGCAAAAUUGUCUCUCGAGAAAUUAUCGUGAGAGACAUAAACCGAUUCCACCAUUUUAAAGACGGUUCAUGUUCUUGUGGAGAUUACUGGUGAAACCUAAGGAGAAAGUUUACAUUGUCACCUGAAACUACCCAUGUGAUGAUGUGAACUUAGUUCAAGGCUUAAGAGUAAAAACCCCAUUCUUUUUUAUCACUUCAACAUAUGUAUCAAACCCAAUGAAUUAAAUUAUUAUUA